UUCUCUCUCUUUUUUUUAGUUUUUGAUUAAAAAAAAAACAUUCUUAAUCUUCUUUUAUGUACCAAAAAAUGUUUAAAAAAUUAAUGGGGUUUGCUUAAUGUAUUUGUUGACUCACUUCCUUGGUUUAUAUUACCAGCAAAAUAGACACUGAUAAAGACUUUCUUUUUUCUUUACUUCUCAUGUUCUACACUCUUUCUCUCUUUUUUUUUUAGUUUUUUGACUGAAAAAAAAACAUUUUUAAUCUUCUUUUAUGUACCAAAAAAAAGUUUAAUAAGGGCCCGUUUGGCCAUAAAUACCAAUUUUUUUUUCAUUUUUUUUUGAAACUUUUGAAGUUGAGUUGGAGUUGUGUUUGGCCAUAGUUUUUAAAAUUAUAGUUUUUAGUGAAAUGUAGUGUAAACAAAUGAAAAAAAUUGAAUUUUUUUAAAAAAUAAGUUUUUCUUGUUUUUAGUAUUUCGGAAUAUAACUCCAAAAAAAAGUGAAUAAUUUUUAUGGCGAAACGCCCACUGAAUUAAUGGGGUUUGCUUAAUAUAUUUGUUGGUUCACUUUCUUGGUUUAUAAGAAGCUUUCUUUUCUUUUUUUCCUUCUCAUGUUUUGCGCUCCUCCUCUCUUUCUUUUUUUUUAAUUUUUGACUAAAAAAAAAAAAAAAAUCUUCUUUUUGAGCCAAACAUGUUUAAGAAACUAAUGGGGUUUGCUUAAUAUAUUUGUUGGUUCAUUUCAUUUCAUUUCAUUUUCUUGAUUUAUUAUUAUCAUAAUGGCUUCCAUUUUCUUGUUUCUUCUCUGUUUGCUACUGUUUUCUACUACACUUUCUUUGUCAUAUGAAGCUAGAAAUCAUGAAGUGGAAGCUUUGAUUGAUAUAAGGAGAAGUUUAAAUGAUCCAAAUGGAGCUUUAAAUAAUUGGGAUGAAGAUUCUGUUGAUCCUUGUAGUUGGGCUAUGAUCACUUGUUCUGAACAAAAUCUUGUUACUACACUAGGAGCUCCAAGUCAAGGUUUAUCUGGGGUUUUAUCUGGGAUGAUAUCAAACCUAACAAACCUUAAACAAGUUUUAUUGCAAAACAACAAUAUUUCUGGGCAUAUUCCAAAGGAAUUAGGGAAACUUCCCAAUCUACAAACAUUGGAUCUGUCUAAUAACCAAUUUUCUGGUCAUGUGCCUGAAUCUUUGGGCAUGUUAAACAGUCUUCAAUAUCUAAGGUUGAACAACAACAGCUUGUCUGGUGCUAUUCCUAUUUCUUUAGCAAGGGUCCCUCAGCUUGCAUUCUUGGACUUGUCCUUCAAUAAUUUGACCGGACCUAUUCCUAAAUUUCCUGCCAGAACUUUCAAUGUCGUGGGUAACCCUCUGAUUUGUGGAAAUCACUCGACCGAGUCUUGCUUUGGAUCAGUGAACCCGAUGCCCUUGUCGUUCGAUAUUGAUUCCACUGGUAAACGCAGCUCGAAAAGACUAGCAAUUGCAAUGGGACUUAGUAUCAGCUUUAUCUCUAUUUUCCUCGUAGGCUUUGGAUUCAUCUUUUGGAAAAGGAACCAGAACAGGAAACAGUCUAUUCUAAACAUUAAUGAUAUGCAAGAAGAGGAUCUUGUUAGACUAGGAAAUCUCAGAAGCUUCACAUUUAAAGAGCUUCAACGUGCAACAAACAAUUUCAGCUCCAAGAACAUUCUUGGUGCUGGCGGAUUUGGCAAUGUUUACCGGGGAAAGUUGGGGGAUGGCUUGUUUGUAGCGGUGAAGCGACUGAAAGAUAUUAGUGGAACGGCUGGAGAAUCACAGUUCCGGACAGAAUUGGAGCUAAUUAGCUUGGCGGUACAUAGAAAUUUGCUCAGAUUAAUCGGUUACUGUGCUACCCCGAACGAGAGACUCCUAGUAUAUCCGUACAUGUCUAAUGGUAGUGUGGCAUCAAGACUUAGAGGAAAACCGGCACUGGAUUGGAAUACUAGGAAGAGGAUUGCAAUCGGAGCUGCUAGAGGUCUUCUUUAUCUCCACGAACAAUGUGAUCCGAAGAUAAUCCACAGAGAUGUGAAGGCAGCAAACGUCUUAUUAGAUGACUACUGUGAAGCUGUUGUCGGGGAUUUUGGCCUUGCAAAGCUCCUCGAUCACGCUGACUCUCAUGUUACCACAGCUGUUCGUGGAACGGUCGGCCACAUUGCUCCCGAGUACCUUUCCACUGGUCAAUCGUCUGAGAAAACGGAUGUGUUUGGAUUUGGUAUCCUUUUGUUAGAGCUUAUAACUGGGAUGAGAGCAUUUGAAUUGGGAAAAACAGUAAACCAGAAAGGAGCAGUACUUGAAUGGGUUAAGAAAAUGCAGCAGGAGAAGAACGUCGAAGCUCUCAUUGACAGAGAGCUCGGGAGCAACUACGACACGAUUGAUGUAGGAGAGAUGCUACAAGUGGCUAUACUCUGUACUCAAUACCUACCGGCCCACCGGCCCAAAAUGUCGGAGGUGGUCCGUAUGCUUGAAGGCGACGGGCUUGCUGAAAAAUGGGCUGCCUCUCAUAACUACUAUGAUGGAUCAGCCACAAACUUUUCUCUUAACCAAAACAGUAACACAACUCAGACUAGACACUCUAUGGUCCCUCCUGGAUAUGAUGACAAUGAUCAUGAUCAUUUGACCAUGUUUGGGAUGAUGGAUGAUGACUAUGACACACAUGCCAUGGAGCUUUCAGGUCCAAGAUAAUAGCAAUAUAUCCAAAAAGGAAAAAAAAUAGAACAAAUAUAGGUACUUAAUUCUUUUCAAUUUUUAAGUUAGUUCCCUCAACUAUAUCUAAAGCAUGUUGGUGAAGAAAAAGAAAGUUGUUUUUAUUUUAUGGGUUUUACUUUUCCCUCCCUUGUAUUCCCUUUAGGUUGUAGAUUUGCCUUGUUUGAUAAGGUACACUUUUAGGAGUUUUUGAAUUUAAUGUAAAUAUCAUAUCCUUCAUCAAAAGUAUCCAUCUUUUUGAGUAAAUAGUCUUUUGCCACUAUAUGACUAUUAACUUUCUGAUGUUGCUUGCAUUUUUCUGUAUUUGAGAUUUUUUUUUUUUUUUAAUGGUUAGUGGCGCACUGUUUAUAACUCGGUGGAUAAUGGAUCUGUCCCUUCACCUUCUCUCCUAAUAUAUAUAUUAGGUUUUUUCUAUGUUGCAAGGUUAAAUCCUGUGGCUUGUGCCUAUAUAUCUCGUGAUGUACUCUUACCACUAGAGCAAAGCUCGGAAUGUUGAUGUACUCUUACCACUAGAGCAAAGCUCGGAAUGUGAUUGAAGUGUUUCAUUUGAAACAAUUGGUUAUCUUUAUGUGUACAUGUUUUGCGUUGAGUGGAUUCUUUAUCUUUA